GUGUAUCAUUAAACUUAUACAAUUGUUGUAUCAUUAAAUUAUACAAAAGCUUUGAAUAAAUUGGAAUAACAGUUUAGUUCUAUAUGAACUGAACUGAACUGAACUGGGUCUGACCAAACGGUGAAUCAUUAAAUGUAUACAAAAGCUUUGUAUAAAUUGGAAUAACAGUUCAGUUCUAUAUGAACUGAACCGAACUAAUUAGCAAGUUAUAUCAAAGUUUGUUUCAGGUUUAUUUGAUAUGGGCUCCUUUCUGUUGUUAUGGGUCAAAGAGUUACUGAAUCUGAAACUGAUAGAUAAUCAAGUGUUUUGACGCACAAGCUCAUCUAAUUAGCAAGUUCUACCAAAGUUUGUUUCAGGUUUAUUUGAUAUGGGCUCUUUUCUGUUCUUAUGGGACAAAGAGUUCCUGAAUCAAAAACAGAUAGAUAAUAUAAGAAGACACAAAUAUAAGGCCGAAGGAUCGUCUCUUGUUGAGCCUGUAUUUCAGAAGUUCUGGGUAUCAUUAAUUGACCAUGUUCCAUCAUGGAUGGCUCCAAAUAUUCUUACUCUUCUUGGACUCACGGCUAACUUUAUUGCGUUUUUACCCUUGGCCAUCUUGUGUCCAACAUUCAAAGAAGAGCCACCUGCAUGGGCUUUGAUUCUAUUUACCUGCUGUUUCUUUAUCUAUCAAACAUUAGACGCAUUAGAUGGAAAGCAGGCCCGCAAAAUUGGAAUGUCUUCACCAAUGGGGGAACUUUUUGAUCAUGGUUGUGACGCUGUCAAUACAGUGAUUGUGUCGAUAGUGUACAACAUCAGUCUAAGACUUGGUCUGCACCCGGCCGUGAACAUGUUUUCCUUCUGCAACACCUGCUUCACUUUCUAUCUCGCCCACUGGCUCACUUACUGCACUGGAGUGCUACACUUCGGAUACAUAGAUAUAACGGAAGCUCAGUUGUCGAUAAUGAUCCACUUGGUCUUCACUUCAUUUGCUGGCUCAACUUUUUGGGAUCAAGAGGUGAUGGUAGUUGGACAGAUGAGGAUUUUGUUCAUUGUAGUUGUGUCUGCGUUAUGUUUGCCGGCCAUUCUAACCAGACUACACCAUAUUCUCAUCCAGGGAGGAUCUGGCCGAGCAGGUUCUACUGUAGCUGAUUCUAGUGUGUUGAGCCCGGUGAAGAGUAUCUUUUGUGCGUUUGUGUUCAUGUGGCUCAUCCAGCACAAGUCACAGCAGCCCAAUGUGGCCGAGGAGUACACUCUCCUGUUCUACUCUCUAUUUGGACUCUACUUCUCCAAAAUAACCACCAUCCUCAUUGUAGCGCAUAUGUGCAGGAGUGAGCUGUGGUUCUGGGACUUAACCAUGUGGGGUCCGGGGAUAGUGUGUCUGAACCAGUACCUCAACUACGUAUUCCCAGAACACUAUGUCCUCAUGGCAGCCGUCGUUUGGUGUACAGUCGACUAUUUUGUGUAUGUGAUUCGAGUGUUGCUGCAACUGUCGUCGGCCCUAGAACUCCCUGUAUUGACAGUUCCUCGCCACAUAUUAGCGAAGCAAGCGAAAACUUCAAAAACAUCGUCGUCCAACGAAUCGUCUCAGAACUCGACUCGAAGCUCCAGUAACGGAACCGCUAGUAGAAGACCAAAUCAGACGUCGAACACUGCGAGGACAACAGCCAGUCGCCAGAAAGUGCGGAAAAACCAGAACGACGCCUGAGAAAAUGACAACAAAAACUUGACUAAUUUAUCACUAGCAAAACUAGCCAUUGAAUAUCCGUUAAUUAUUUACUAUAUAGUUCAUUCUCAGAUGUGAUAAGUGCAGUCUUAACUAUUGUUGUUGCACGGAAAUGUCUCAAUUCAACCAGUGGUUUUUUCUAGAAAUAACUAGCUUUAUGAUACUAGGUAAAUACCCUUUUUUACCUUGAAACUUGGUGUAAAUUCUCAAAAUUUGAGAUUAAAAUAUUCAUUUUGACCAAAAAAUGAAUAUUUAAAAUUAAAAAUUAGAAACUUGCGCUGAGAUUUCCGCAUUUGAAAUGCCUCGAGGCAAAAAAAAAACUUUUUUGUUUGAUCUUAUUUGGCUAUGACGCAGAUUUGCAUAGCAGAUUAGUUUCUGGGAAAAUGAUUUCGACAAUAGUUCACUAUAUCAUUAUAUCGCCACUGGUCACACCCUAACAUUCACUUAUUCGUCCCUUAACGCUGAAGGGAUUAUCGUAUUCCAUUGUUUUCCAUUUGUGUGGGCCAAUAUUCAUAAUAUCGAGGUUGCGUGACGUACAUUAAUUAUAAGAUAGAAUAUGUGCGAUGCUAAUUUGGCGAUAGUUUAACUACUUCAAUCAUGCCAUUUUGUCUAUUAUCAGAUUAUAUAUAAAUUUUUGAAUUAAGCUUUGAAUAUCUAA